GCUUCCCGCCGGCGCAAGGCCCAGUCCCCGCCCGCAGCCGCGCAGUUGGAGCGGCGCGGCGUUGCCGCGGUUGCCGUUGGUCGCUAUGCGCUUUAGGGCUAAGAUCGUGGAUCUCGCCUGUCUCAACCACUUCAGCCGUGUAAUUAACACGAUCGCGAAAUUAGCCAAGAGCUGCACCCUGCGUCUGACGGAGAGCAAGCUGUACUUCAUCCUGUCCGACAGAGUUGCUAAUGGAGGAGUCAGCAUGUGGGGCGAGCUGUGCCAGGGGAAUUUCUUUGAUGAAUAUCAGAUGGAGGGAGUAGCUGUAGAUCACAAUGAAAUAUAUUUAGAGCUCAUGCCUGAGAACCUGUCAAGAGCAUUAAAAACUGCCCAGAGUGCAAAGGCGGUGAAGAUCAAGUUGACUAACAAACAUUCUCCCUGUCUCAGAGUUGCUGUGGAGCUACCGUCCUUAUCAAGCAGCAGUAGGAUUGUGACACAUGACAUUCCUGUGAAGGUUAUUCCCAGAAGACUAUGGAAUGACUUCAGAGAGCCCAGUGUGCCAGACUUUGAUGUCAGUAUUUACCUACCAGCACUGAAAACAAUGAAGAAUAUUGUGGAGAGAAUGAAGAAUAUCAGCAAUUGUAUUGUGAUUGAAGCAAAUUUGAGUGGAGAAAUGAACUUAAAAAUAGAAACUGAUGUAGUAUCUGUAACAACGCAUUUUAAAGAUUUGGGAAAUCCUCCCUGGGUAUCAGAGGAUGGAUGUCAAAGCUCUGCUCAAGGCAGAGAUCUGCAGAGCAUGGCUGAAGCACGCAUAGACAUCAAGAAGUUGCAGCAGCUGCUUGUAGGACAGCAGGUCAAUCCCACAAAAGCCUUGUGCAAUAUCGUGAGUAAAAGAAUUGUCCACUUUAUCUUGCUCCAUGAAGAUGUUUCACUUCAGUAUUUUAUUCCAGCGCUUGUCUGAACGUUUUGGAAUCGUAGCCAUUUUCCAACUGAGGCCUUUCCCACAAAGUGGGGUAGCAACUUACCUUGGUGUUGCCUGGUUUAUAAAUACAUUUGUGAUUUUCUGUGAGAUAAGGGUGGGUGGGAGGAAAGGGGUCGCUAGUCUUCUUUUAAUAAAAUGUAAGAUGUAAUCCAGCAAUUGAGACAAACAAAUGCUUUAUGCUGUUCUUUUGAAGCAGUUGACACCUGUGCUUGUUGAGUCACUGGAUCUGUAGAAAUCUCAUUCUUCUUAAUGGUGCUGCUUGUCUGCUUCCAGAAAGGACAAGGUAGGGUGGUUGUUUCUUUGUUAGGAAUAUUUUUUUGGAAUAUGUGGGACAUUCAGCCUGUGGAUAUUCAAAUUGAACGUUUUUACUCUUUCAGAAAAGAAGACAGUUCUGGGUGUUACGGUGUUCACUGCACGUGUUCACUGAGCACAGGCAGCUGUUAAGCAUGUUUGUUGUUUUUUUAAUUAAAUAGCUGAGAAGCACUUUGAUUAAGUUUCUGACUCUAAUGGCAGGAGAUCCUGAAAGCAGAAAACUUUCAAGACAAGUUGCACCUCCUGGUUAUCCUGAUGUCUGUAUUUGAGAUGAACUGCUGAGUUACGCUUCUGUUGUUCACGCUGUGUUUCGGUUAAAGUGCAAGGCCAGUAGGAAGUGGACAGAUAAGUAAUCCAGAACUGAAGCUUUCUGGAGCAAUUAUAGAAUUGUUGUUCUUGAGUGGGUAAAUAAUUCCAAUUUGGCAUUGUUGGAAAUGCUUGGAAUCCAUAAUUUUCCAUCAGGCAAAGAUAUCAGUGAAGCAGGAUUUUAUCAUUCUGUAUUACAGUAGCGGCUGCGCGCCCCCAUGUGGCAGCGGUGAAAACGCACUGAAUGAGUGGAACGCCAUCGUGCAGCCUUUUCUUGCGUCGCAUUACGACUCUCCUGUUCUCCUGUUGGCUCGGUACUCCAGGCUCACAAUAUAUGCAAAGUGUUUCUUAUCAAUUUUUCCAUGUAAGGUCUAUCACCAAGCUAUUGUUUUUAAGAUCACUUUGUACUUUUCUAUGGGUGCAGGAGGGUGAUGUUUCUUGAAGCUGUCAUGCCUGUUUCAUUGCAUGCCAGGCUUUCCUUACUCUGCUCUAUUUUUUGCCUUAUCCUUCGCUACUUACAAAAGCCACGUUUAAGAAAGAAGAAACCCAUAUCAGGUAGUAUCUAAAGGUUAACUAGCCCCAAUUCCUGAUUUAUGAUACCUUUUAUGGUGUUCUAGGAAGCACAGAUUAUUUAUUUACAUUUAUUUAGCAGCCUUUUCCUUUUCAAUGAACUUAAACAUUCUUUUGUGAAAGUUGGUAUUGUUCGUGUUUGAUCACUGUGGGUGUUGCUCAAACCCUUUGGAUUUACUACCCUGUUUGGGGCAUCCUAGCCUCCAUUCUGUUCUGCUGCUCAGCAUUCUUCUUGUGAAAAACAACCAAGGCAGGCAUUUUAACCUACAUAGCUAUUUUGUAAGAAAGGUGUAAGUUUGGUAAGGGUCUGUACCUUGGUAUUGGAAGUUUCUACUGCAGAAACACAAUUCUCAUGUCAUGCAGCUAUGAAAAGAAAUCUAAGAGCAGUCUUGCCAAGAGAAGUUAUUGAUAGUUCUAAAAUACUGUGUUGUUGCAUACUCUGAGUAUCUGAAGAAGAGACACAAUAGGUUUCCCAUAUAUUGUUUUAUGAUCUGCAAAAAGACCAUCUAUUCUUAGUUUAUGCCCUGGUGAUAUAGGCAUUGAGGGAUAGGAACAAAGCUGCUAUCCUUCUGUGCUCUGUUACUGUGGAAAGCUGCAUCACAAGCUUCUUAGAUUCCCUGUCAGAAACUUUUCCAGAGAUUCCCCUCUUCUUGUAGAUGCAUGUAUUCUUUUUGCUGAUGUUUUCCUUUUUGCUGAGAUUGAUUUUAUUUUUUUUUUCAUUCUUUUUAGUGAGAAAAGCCCUUCUCCGUACUGAAAGAUUUUUAUCAAAGCCACUUCUAUGCCUCUUUUUGCUUAUAAGGCCAAGUGUGCUUCCUGGAAGCUUGUCCCUUAAUUCUGAUGUAUUACAAGAGUUCUGCAGCUGACUUGUUGUUUUCACUUUUUAUGCUAACGCAUAUUGCCCUUGUAUGUUUUAGUUCUUCCUAAGGAUAUGGUUCUGAGUUUUGUUGUUCUGUUUAAAUUUCAGGACAUCCUUCAGAUGACAGUGUUUAUAAAAUAUUAGAGAAUUAGAAAGUCAUCUAUUUUCACAGUCAUGGAAUCACAGAAUGGUUAAGGUUUUGGAAGGGACCUCUGGAGGUCACCUUGUCCAACCCUGUUGCUUGAGCAGGGUUGCCUAGAACAGGUUACGCAGGGCCAUGUACAUGCAGCUUUUGAAGAUAGCCUAAGAGGGAGGCUCCAUCACCUCUCUGGGCAACUUCUUAAAGUGCUCCAUCAUCCACGCAAUGAAGAAGUGCUUUCCAGUGGUCAUAGGGAAUCUCUCGUGUUUCAGUUCUGUGCCCAUUGCCUCUUGUCUCAUCUCUGGGCACCACUGAAAAGAGCCUGGGUCUGUCUUCUUUACAUCCUCCCUUCAGGGCUUUGUAUAACAUAGAAUUGCAGGGGCGGGAAGCGACCUCUAGAGAUCAUCUGCCAAAACAGGCUCCCUAGGCCAAGUUGCAAGGUAGGCAUCCAGGUGUGUCUUGAACAUCUCCAGAGGAGAAUCCACCACCCCUCGGGCAGCCUGUUCCAGGGCUCUGUCACCAUUACUGUGUAGAAAUUCUCAUGCACGUUUGUGCAGAACUUCCUCUGCUUCAGUCUUUGGCCCUUUCCCCUUGUCCCAUCAACACACACUGCUGAAAGGAGUUUGGCCUCGUCCCUUUGCCUCCCGCACCUUAGGUAUUAAGACACCAGAUCCCUGAGUCUUCUUUUCUCAAGGCUGAACAGACUCAGGUUACUCAACCUUCCCUCAUAAGAGAGGUGCUCCAAGCCCUUUGUGGCCCUCCACUGGACUCUUUCCAGGAGAUCCCUGCCUUUUUUUGUACCGGGGAGCCCAGAACUGGACACAGUGCUCCAGGUGCUCCUGGACCAGCCCUCCUCAAAUAGGGGGAACCUCUCCAUUUCCCAGACUCUUUCUUCCCUCCAGGGUCCAGGAGUCCCAAGGGCAAGUCUUUGAACAUUCCAAGCCAUGGGACUUUAACCCACUCCAAACCAUAACAGAAAACAGCAAUAAGAAUACUGACAACACCAGAAUAAGAUGUGGGGGACUCAAACCUCUGUGCCACCUUCACUGUCUGCAGAGGUCUGUCCUCUGCUCAUAUUGCAAUAUUCCUACAACCUUAGCACCAAAUGGCCGCCGUGGUGGGACUUAAAGCCACAGUCUUUGGUGGGACGCAAAGCCUUAUUUAAGUUGAACCCUUUUAUCAAGUCGUUGAGGGACUUGAACCUAUAUACCAAACCUUGGUGCUAUCCAGGCUUUUGCCUGAAAUAACUUUUCCAGUGGGGACUUGAACCCCUAAGGUACAUUUAUGGACCAACCCUGCAUGGCUUUUGCCUGUGUUUUACAAGCAGACAGUUCCACGGGACUUAAACCCACAACCCAAGCUAUGUAAUGAUGAAGAAUGCCUUUACAUUCCCAGGGGCCUUACCUCAGGCACUUUGGUCUGAGGACUGGAAGUUCUCCCUUUGGUGCCGGCUACAAGUCCUGCAAUCCCAGAAUCCACUGAGGUUCAGAAGCAGUGCUCCAUAUGUAUUGCCAAAACCGCUGCCAAAUGAACUUCAGCCCAAACAAAACUCUUAACACCAGUGUGAUAUUAAGAAGCAGGCAUUCUUUAUUGGAUGCACAAGGGAUCCUUCCACCUGACGUGCACCCCAACAGAAUAAAGCCAUAACCUGAAUCAUGAGAACAGAUUUUCUAUGUUGAGAGAGCAGCCUUUCGCAUAGCUUGAGCUGAAGAACAGAAGGCCUGCAUAAAUGUAAGCUCAAGAAUGAAAUGUGGAGGACAAGAAAUUUGUUGUCAAAUGAAGAUAAAGUGGAAUAAAUAUCCAGUUAUUGAAGGUAAGAUGGCAAAACAGAUGUCUCAGCUCAACGUAACAGUGGGAACUGGUUAGGGCAGCCCCCCUUAUGAGGUGGAGAUUCACUGUGAGAGUGAUUGCUAGCCUUCAUCCCACGACAACCAGAGAUCCCCACCACAUAUUUUCAGGAGGGUGGGACAACAAUUAUUAAUUAUUUCUCAAAAUUUCGGCCUGUUUUCUUGGCAUGUUAUUAAUAUGUAUGUCCUAUGUCUUUAAAUGUGUAAUCAUUUCUCUCUUUGGUGUGCAUCUCUCCACCUCCUUCCCUCCCCCUUCCUUCCCCUUUCUUUCUUUUUCUUAUGUUCCGAAGUGGAUUCAUUUCUUCAUCUUGACACUGAAAAAAGAUCUGUACCAAGCCUCUUUGUGCCUUGACAUUUGUUCUGAAUUAUCCUAUAGGCAAAGUAAUUUGCCAGUCAGAAGCCUUCAGCAACUACAUACAUGUAAGAGCUUCCCUCAGAGCAGCUGGCAUAAGAAAAACAUCCCAGAAAAGCUUAUUUUCUCCAAAUGUCCACUGCUCCCACUCCAUCUCAUCAAAGAUUUUACAUGCCUGGAAGUACAUAAAACUCAGUCCAUUUUGAACCAAGGGAGCACAUUCCAGACUCUUAUGGCCUUGAGAACAUGCAGCUGCAAGCACUUUCUCUUUGUAGGAGCGGGGUUCAUCUCAAACAUCUACUGGUCACAGAUGAAGCAGGGCUAUAUUUCAUGGAUUUCUCCUCACUUGCUUUGAGUAGUCUGCUGAGCAUUUGCUACUCAGAAGCUGGUAUUCAGGCUGAAUGAACUGGGCCCCCUUUUCUACAAGAUUUUUCUAUAGGAAGGCCUUGUGGGAUCAGCCUCGCAGCAGAGGCUUGCAACAGGAGAGGCAGUAGAGCAGCACAAGCCCUGACCAGAAGCACAAGGAGUGAGAGGGAGCCCCAGGCCCCCCUCAAGCACGAGCCAUCUCUUCUUCAGGGAGGCAGUUCUGACACUGUGGAUGGAGCUGGGAGGGAUGAUGGCCAGAGCCCCAUGCAUACAAAGAGCGUUACCAGAGAGCAGGGCAAACAGGGUGUGCUGUGUCAGAAGGGCAUGGUGUGGCAGUUUGUGCAGCUGUUUGUGCAGGCAGGGCAAGGAGAGAGGACAGAAUAUUGCUCCCCACUUUAGGAGAUGGUCUCACUUAUCGGCUACUUCCCACACUACAAAUCUGGCCAUGGUCUCAGCUACGCAGAAAGCUCUUGCCAAAAUAUUGCUGCAAUCUAGGCUGAAAAUGUAGACAUUCAGAUCUCCGGCUGCAGGGAGUACCUGAGCCUCUUGCUGACAUUGGAGGGUGGCGGAAGUGUGAGCAGUGGGACGAUCAGCAUGGUGGCAGGGCUCGAGGAUGGUGUGGAAAGAUUAAGGACUAUCAGGGAAUGUGGGCAGGAGAUAGAGAGGUGGAGCAGCAGCCCUCUUAGGGAGGGGACCUGAGAGAUGGAGAGGAAUGGAACCAGGACCCUGCUCAGUAUCACAGGCAAGUCCCUUCCCUAUUUACUUCACCUUCCCCGGUGCCCCUGUGUGAUAGAUUUGAUGAUUUGGAUCUUGAGGAAUGCAUAAGUGAGGAAGUGAGGGAGGGUGCAAAGAGGAGGUUGUCUAGGGAAAGGCAGUCAACUCCACACCUCAAGAUUGCCUCUACCAAGAAGGAAAGAAGCGUAAUCAUUGUAGGCGACUCCUUUCUGAGGAGAAUGCAGGGCUGUAUGUAUCAGCCUGAGCCUACCCAUGGGGAGUCUGGUGCCUCCCUGGUGCCCAGAUCAGGAGUAUUACUGGAAAGCUUCCUGGCCUGGUUCACUCCUCUGAUUAUUAUCCUUCACUGGUAAUUCAGGUUGGCAAUAAAGCCACUGAGAGAAGCCCAGAGUCCUCAGUGCCCAACCUUUUGUCUUGACUGGGCCACAUUAAAGAGGAAUUCUUGGGCUACACACAGAUAAAUUGCUCUGAAAGCAAUGCCUCCUAUGUAUUUCCAUGAAAAACACAGUCAGUACAAAGAGCACAGUAAUAUUAUUUGAUAGAGGAAAUUCUUAGCUACAAAACACUAUUUUUCAACAUAGCCACCAUCAUUUUCAGUAGUGAUGGAACAAGAGGCUGCAUGCUGUGCUUAUAAAAAUCUGAAAUGCACCACUCACCACAUCACUGUGUUGACGUUUACUGUUUGGUCUCCAUAGACAUUCAGCAAACAAGCAUAAAUGAAUGUCAGUGGGUUUCAUUUUUUCCUCAUUGAGGAAUUCUGUGACAUACUUUUGCUGAAGCACCAUUUUGUCAGAAUACCCUGCUUCUGCCAUCUGUCACACAGCAAUAGAACAUAGUGGAAUACUGGUGGGAAGGUUCAACCUCUUCUGCCACAACACCAACAUACACCUUUUGUGUUGUGGGCCAACAUAAUAAAAUAGGAGGCAUUACUUCUGGAGCAGCCCUCAUGAAAUACACACUAUCAUUAAUAUUGUAACAAAACAUUGUAUUUUUUUAAUAUUUUUCUUAAAAUAUUAAAGAAGAAAGGAAUAAAAGCAUGAAACUAGUGGGA